AUGUAUGGAAUUACACUAACUAAAUGCAAAAUAUAUUUUAAUAAUAUAUAUUCAACUGUAUCGUUAGAAGAAAAACUAGGGGGAGGUACCUAUGGUGAUGUAUACAAAGGGAAGGUUGUAAAAUAUAGCAAUAAUAGUGAUCUAUAUCAAAAUACUAAUUAUUUACCAUAUGAUUAUUAUACUGAUGAGUUUAUUUUUUUUAGAAAAAAUAUAUAUGCAAUUAAAUUUUUUAAAGAUGAUUUAAGAACAAUAAAUGAAGAAGGAAUUAGUUGUACAACAUUAAGAGAAUUAAGUUGUUUAAAAAAUAUAGGUAGACAUCCAAACAUUUUAAGAUUAAUUGAUGUAACUAUAGAUAGACAAAAGGGUAUUAGUGAAUAUAUAAAUAGACAAAUAUUACAACAUUAUACAUCAAAUUAUCAUCAUCAAGUUAAAAUUGAUAUGGCCCCAUUAUCACUAGAUCAAAAAUUUAUAUUUGCUGCAUAUGAAUAUUGUGAUGGUGGAGAUUUAAAAAAAUUAAUUCAAAAAACAAAAAUUAGUGAAAAUCAAGCAGGUCUAUGUUUAAAGGAAGCAAAAUGGCUAUCCUUUCAAUUAUUAAAUGGAUUAGCUUAUUUACAUAAUAAUAAAAUGUGUCAUAGAGAUUUAAAGCCUGAAAAUGUUAUGCUACAAUAUACACAUAAUAAUAAGUAUUUAUUAAAAAUAGGUGAUCUUGGAUUAUGUAGAGAACUUAAAAAUGAUGGCGACAUGACUCCAACUGUUUGUACUAUUUACUAUAGACCUUUAGAAGUUCUUCUCUCCAAAUUUGAUAGGUCAAAAACCCGUGCCAGCAAAAGUGGGUCCAUCAAAAGUGCGGCUAUCAAAAGUGGGUCCAACAAAAGUGGAGCUACCAAUAAAAGCGGAUCCAAUAAAAGUGGCGCCAGCAAAAGUGACACUAGCAAUAGGAGUGGUACUAGCAAAAAUGGAACUAGCAAUAGGAGUGGUGCCAGCAAAAAUGGAACUAGCAAUAGGAGUGGUGCCAGCAAAAGUGGGACUAGCCAAAAGGGGACCAGCACAAAGAGCAAUGGAAGUGGACGAGCUAGUGAACGACGAUCAAGUGAUGAUGCAUAUAUGGGGGAUGAACCAUUUGAAAAAGAGUAUGAAAGUUUUAAUGAUAAAGAUUUUCAAUACGGUUUAAAUGUAGAUAUAUGGUCAGCUGCUUGUAUUAUAUGUGAAUUAAUAAUUGGUAGACCAUUAUUUAGAGGAGUAACAGAAUUUGAUUUAAUUAUAAGAAUAGUAAAUUCUUUAGGUAAACCUAAUAAUGAUGAAUUAGAAUAUUUUAGUGAUUCUCGUUUUUAUCCAUUUAAAGAUGAUUUUUUUAAUAUUAAGAUAAAGAAUAGAAAAGAUGCAUUAAAUGUAAUAACAAAUGGUAAAAUAGAUGAGUUAGGAAUCGAUUUAUUAGUUAAAAUGCUAAAAUACAAUCCUAAUGAUAGAAUAACAGCAGCUGAUGCUUUAUCUCAUCCAUGGUUUGCUGAUAUACGAUUCGAUAAUUUAGAUGGUAUAGGUGUAUAUAAUUGGUAUGUACAUUGUUUAAAAUAUUAUAUAGGUAUUAAAACAUUUAGAGAAAUAGAACAGAAAAAGAAAAAUUUACUUACAACAACUAUGAUUUCUCAUUUUUUAUGUAAGUCUAAUGAUAAAUAUGCUAAAAUUAUUUUUAAAUUAAUUAAUAAUACAUUUAAAAAUUUGGGUGGUUAUAAAAAAAGUGGAAGAAGAUCUUUUGCCAUUUUUGCUGACAAAUAUGCAAAUGAGCAUAAAAAUAAUAACGGCUUUAUUAAAAGAGCUAGUAUAAAAGUACUAAAUGAUAUGAAAGAAAAAAAUGUGAUGGAAACUAAUGAAGAAGUUUCAUUUUAUGAUGAUAGUACUGCUUAUUAUACUUCUCCAGCAAAAUCAAUUAAAAAAAUUAAUAAAUUUAAAAGAUCUAGUUUCCACUCAAUUAUUCCUGAACAAUCUUAUGAAUUUAUUAAAGGAAUACGAGUAAAACGUAAUUUAUCAAUCCCAGAUUUCUCAAGUCCGAAUAACAAAAAACAUUGUAGAGAUGAAGCAGGCUCAGCUACAACUACAAGUCGAGUAUAUACCCAAAAUGCUCAUUCAUUUAAAGAAUAUACAUAA